AUGGCUGAUCAAUUAACCGAAGAACAAAUUGCUGAAUUUAAAGAAGCUUUCUCGCUUUUUGAUAAAGAUGGAGAUGGAACAAUUACUACUAAAGAAUUAGGUACCGUUAUGCGUAGUUUAGGGCAAAAUCCAACUGAAGCUGAAUUACAAGAUAUGAUUAAUGAAGUAGAUGCCGAUGGUAAUGGUACAAUUGAUUUUCCUGAAUUUUUAACAAUGAUGGCUCGUAAAAUGAAAGAUACUGAUAGUGAAGAAGAAAUUCGUGAAGCAUUCCGUGUAUUUGACAAAGAUGGCAAUGGAUUUAUAUCAGCAGCUGAACUUCGUCAUGUGAUGACGAAUUUAGGAGAAAAAUUGACGGAUGAAGAAGUCGAUGAGAUGAUUCGUGAAGCAGAUAUCGAUGGAGAUGGUCAAGUUAAUUAUGAAGAAUUCGUGACAAUGAUGACUUCAAAAUAA